AUGACGGCGUCGGAAGAGCUGUUGCUAUACAGACCAGGAACUAACUCAGUACUCACCAGGUUCGAAAAAUCACUCUAUGACCUGAUCAAGGGUCUCCGGAGCCACAAAGGUGGGGAAGAUGAAUACAUCCAGAAUUCUCUUCGUGAAUGCAAGGCCGAGAUUAAAUCGCAGGAUAUGGAUAGAAAAGCUACGGCACUCUUGAAGCUGAUUUAUCUCGAAAUGUUUGGAUACGAUAUGUCGUGGGCGGCAUUUAAUGUGCUGGAGGUCAUGUCGUCGGCGAAGUAUCUACAGAAGCGAGUGGGCUACCUGGGUGCCGUGCAAAGUUUCCGACCGGACACCGAGGUCUUGAUGCUGGCAACAAAUAUGCUCAAGAAAGACAUUGUAUCUCCCAAUAUCCCCAGCUUGUCCUUACCGCUGGCCACUCUACCGCAUAUACUCACACCAUCGCUUUCCAUGUCCCUCUUGCCCGAUAUAUUAUCACGCCUUUCGCACUCCAGCGCCGUGGUUCGCAAGAAGACAAUCGUCUGUCUCUACAGAAUCUCACUCGUGUACCCGGAAGCAUUGAAGCUGGCAUGGCCCAGAAUCAAGGACCAUCUCAUGGACGAGCAAGAAGAUAGCAGUGUAACUACAGCUGCCAUCAAUGUUGUGUGUGAACUUGGAUGGCGGCGGCCCCAUGACUUUCUUCCGCUGGCACCGCGACUUUUCGAGCUUCUUGUGGACAGUGGCAACAAUUGGAUGGCAAUUAAAAUCAUCAAGCUCUUUGCAACCUUGACACCACUGGAGCCGCGGCUAACACGGAAGCUUCUGCGACCAUUGACCAAUAUCAUCCAAACCACGACGGCAAUGUCACUGCUCUACGAGUGCAUCAAUGGCAUCAUUCAGGGUGGCAUUCUUGACGGUGAAGACAAUUUGCAAGAAAGAGAUGAGGUUGCAAGCCUUUGCGUGGGGAAACUCCGCGGCAUGAUCGUCAUGGACUCAGAUCCUAAUCUCAAAUAUGUUGCCCUUCUCGCACUGAACCGCAUUGUGACGACACAUCCCAUGCUAGUAUCAAUGCAGCAGGAUGUCAUCAUGGAGUGCUUGGAUGAUGCCGAUAUCUCAAUACGACUACAGGCUUUGGAGCUGGCAGCCGGAAUGGUCACAAGCGACACUCUCCUGACAGUGGUCAAUCGCUUGGUUGAACAACUCCGAUUCGUUUCGACCUCAUCUCCUAAAGAAUUGUUUGUUCCGGAGGCUGAAGACUUCGAAAACCGGAAGGUAUCUCAUGUUGAAGCGGAGGCUACGAUGAUCCUGCCCAACGACUACCGAACCGAAGUUGUUCAUCGUAUCCUCGAUAUUUGCGCACAAAACAACUACUCGGAAAUAACCGAUUUUGAGUGGUACGUCGGCAUUCUAGUUCAGCUUGUCGGUCUUCUCCCACCAUUGGAAAUGGACGACUACUGGUAUCAAUCAAAUACGACCCAAGAAACUGUAUUUGGUUCGAAAACGACUGUGGCAUUCCGAAUCGGCGCGGAAAUCCGCAAUAUAGCUGUGCGGGUCAAGGGCGUGCGCUUGGAGGCGUGUCAGGCCGCUGAAUCUCUUCUGCUCGUUGACAAUCGGCCAAUUCUGUUUCCGGUUGGUUCCAGUGUUGGCGAAGAUGUCCUGGGUCCCAUUUCCUGGGUUGUCGGUGAAUAUGCAGAAUACCUCCGAUCUCCUGCUCGGUCCCUACACUCGUUAAUUGACCCGGGUAAUAUUGCGUUACCCCCCAAAACCCUCCAGCUAUUCUUGCAGGCGAUACCCAAGGUCUUUGUGCAAGCUAUUCGGGCGUGUGAAUCGAAGGACUCGUGGAAAAGCGAAAUAUCCCUGCUUCUUGCCCGCAUUGUCGAGUUCCUUGAAUCCUUGGCAGCCCAUCCAGAUCUGGAUGUGCAAGAAAGGGCCAUUGAGUUUUUGGAGGUCCUUCGCUUGGGCUCUGAUGCAUUGCGCUCCGAGGCGUGUGAGGUGCCAUUUCUUUUGACCUCGGUCAUUCCAAGUUUAUUCGGGGGUCUGGAGUUGAACCCUGUGGCUUUCACUGCUCAGAAGAAAGUAGUCUUGCCUCCGAGUUUACGGCUGGGCGAAGCGUUCAAUGAUGACCUACCAGGGCUCUUUCACUGUCUGGACAGCUCGCUGUCGGAUACGGAUCAGCACAGUACCUUGCAGGAUUUCUACUAUAUUCAAGACCCAUCUCCACCCACGAACAAACCAGUCUACGAUCCCACUGGCGCUGGGGGAUAUCUUGAUAUUUCCUAUCAGAAUACCCUGGGGGAAAUUCCCAAUGACUCCGCUGGUGACAAGCCGAGGUCAGAGCGUCGAGAACGCUAUCGAGAUGACCCCUUCUAUAUCGCGCCUAUUGGUGUGCCUCCUGGUGUAUCUGCACCAUCGCAUGGUUUUCUCGGACCCUCCAGUGGUGAGAUUUUCGAUAUUGACACCAUCCCGAUCGUUGACCUGAAAUUGGAAGAUGGGCAAAAAGGUGACGUGAGGGGUGAGCCACCUGGAACCCGGCGGCAUCAGCCUCGGAAGUUGGAGGUUGCUGGGGACGAAACAUUUGGGGUCGAGGAUCCCCCAGUUCGAGAUUCUUUACUAGGGAAUUGUGGGGUUCAUACCGGCAACAAACGCUCUCAGUCUCGGGGUUUCAACCCCGGGGGCAAUGGCGAAGGAGAUGCCGUGUCACCAGGCGACGAGGGAGAUAUCGAGAUGAAGAAAGCCAUGCAGGAUGUGGAGCAAGUACGUUUGCGUAUGCAGCGUGCAUCUGAACGGAUCCAUCUGGAGGGAACACCAGCUGAGGGUACGCUAGUCAAGAAGAAAAAGAGCAAAAAGAAGCAUGUCGCUACACGGGCCAGCCAUAGCGAUGCUACAUCCAAGGGGGGUGAGCACCUGGAAGCAAAAAAGAAACGAAAGAAGAUACACAGGCAUGAAACUCCAGAAAUAGCUUAG